AUGGUAACUUUUUCAUCCAAUGGUAACUACAUGUACCAUGGUAACAAUGCUAAGCAGCCAAUCAAAAUCAAGGAUUUCAUCCAACGAGGCCCUGGAGCUGUAACACCAGGUGGCAAGGCACAUCGAGCUAAUGUUCUUGAGAAUGAUAAUAUUCUGGCCAUCAAUGGCUGUGACAUGGCCAGUGUUACCCAUCUAGAUGCACAGAACUUCAUCAAGUCCAAUGUUGGGGACCUCAUCUUUGAUGUAGAGAGGUCAGCUCAAGCAACUAUCUGGACACCAGAGGUCAAUCAGCAGCCUGAUACCGGUAUCAAUGUAUCACUCAAGGCUAAUAAACAGCAAUUCCAGCAUGCAGGCAGCAGUCACAACGUCAAACCCCGCCUCUUCCCAGGAUCCGGAGGGGGAGCGGCCCAACCCCAGUCGGCUCCAAACAUGGUCCACAAGCAAUUCAACUCACCCGUAGGGAUCUACUCCGCCCAGAAUAUCGCCGACAGUUAUAGAGGACAGACGGAAGGCACGGCUUCGUCUAAUACAUAUGAGGAUGAUCAGCAGGCUCCUCCUGCAUGGCAGAAACCCUCGUCCUAUGGCGCAGGAUCCGGUCAACCAAGUAGAUCAAGAAGCUUCAAUUUGGUUCAAAAACUAGCCGCAGAAGAUGAUAGGGAUUAUGGAGGUCAGCCAGCAUCAGCCCCGGCACCAGCCCCAGCCGCUGCACCUGCUUACCGACCAGGCGGAACUCGGUCUGUUAGGGCUCCCGUCGCUAAGCCAUCAUCCGGAGGCGCCCAGCCAGCGAAUGCCUUGCCAGUCUGUUACAAAUGUGGUGAAAAUAUUAUGGGUCCAUUUGUGAAGGUGCGCGGUAAACCCCUCAUGCCGGAAUGCUUUACCUGUGAAUCGUGUGGCACAUCUCUACGCAAUAAAGACGGCGGCGAGGGAGAAGGAUUCUUUGUUAUCAAUGAGCUGCUGUACUGUGAAACCUGCAAGAAUCGCAUCCAGCAUCAGACAUAAUCAAGGUCAAGUGUGCUUCUCUGACUAAUCAGUAAAUGUGCCUGGAGAAGAGCACAUUACCGUACCUUAAAUUCCUCAUGCCGUCUGUGAGAUGAUUUUUAACCGAUUUCCAAAUCCUGAAAUUCUGCAGCCUCAUUUUUUCACAUACAUGUGUCCUUUCUUGAAAUCAAUUAUUAUGUCUGCACUGCCAAACUUGAUGAAUGCCAUGUCUUGCCUGAUAUUGUACAUUUUCACAAAGGAUACAUAUAUAUCUCAAUAUUAUAUCCAACUGAAUGUAUUGCAUAUAUGUGGCAGUAUUGCACAGAUAUUAUAUCUACAUGCAAUUGAGUUAUGAUCAAUAUAUAUGCAUUUUAAUACUAUCCGACCUACAAGUUUCGAAUGCUGGCAAUGAAUGCUCUAUAUUUAUGUAUAUUAUUUUGGUUUUGAUUAAAAUCAAAAUUAGAUUUUAUGCAUAUACACCAGUUUGCAAAUUUAUGUGUAUCAUUAUCCCAUCCCGUGCCUUAAAACCUAAUCCUUUCAUGAAUAUUCAUUAGUAUUCAGUCUUCCAAGGAAAUUGCAUCUAUUCUCACCGCUUUGCAAUUUUUAUUGAUUAUCAUAUGUGUACAUGAACCAGUCUAUUUAUUUCUAAAGUAGACUCAUGCAUAUGCAUUGCUUAGUAUGCAAAUAUAUGUCUAUCACCAAAUUGCUUGCCUUAUAGCCUAACCUUUGCCAUGAAUAUUCAUUAGUAUUUAGUCUUCCAAGGAAACUGAAUCUUUGCACACUCCUUUUGUGAUUCUUGUGAAUUAUUCAUGAAAUAGUCUAUUUAUUCUUUAUUUAUUAUGAAAUACAUAAUCAUCAAUUCUAUAAGGAAAUGUUUUCUAAAAGUAAUAUAUAUAAUUAUUUAUUAGCUAUGGGGUAUUCAUUUAUACUAUUUUUCUUUACCUUUGUUAUUAUAAAUAAAUUAAAUUCACUUCUGAUUUUCUUAACUUCCAAACCUGAACAUUUUAUUUUUAGCAGUAUUUUUAUUACAUAUCAAUUUAUUUUAUAUCAUUAUUAUGAUGAUAUCAUCAUUGUCUAUUGCUAAUCAUUUUAAUGUGUAAAGUACAUAUAUGAUAUAAGAUUUAUUUUAGUAUUAGUUUAUACUUCUAUUUUCUAUUCCUCAUAUUCUAAUUUCAAUGGAAAAUCCCUUUCUUGCCAUUGGCAAAUUUAUGCCCUUAUUGGUAAACAAAAACAAUCUCAUUUAAUUUAAAAGGGAUGGAUUUCUUCAUUAUUUUCCUGUUUUUGUGAAUCUUUCUCUUUUCCCUAUUUUCUCUUUCAGAGAGGUGAAUAUAGACAAUGAAGAUAUUAUUUUCUUUUUGUAGCAUUUCUUUUUCAUGUAGUAUAAUAGUGACCAACAGAUAUAGCAUAUGGAUAUAGGUCUGAUAUAAUCCUUUUUUUUUUAUCUGUCUUUGAAACCAUAUUUUAUUUGAUUUAUGACAUUCAUCUGACCAGGGGAUGUAUCACAAACAGAUUUGUUUGAUAUCUUCAACAUUAUUGAUGGUAUUUUUUGUAUUAUGAUUUUCCAUAGGCUUUCAACUGUUACACUUAUUGUACGAUUGAUUGUAUAUUUUGUGUAACCGGGCCUUUAUCAUUUAGUAUCCCCUCAGAUAGUAUUAUUUGUUGUUUUAUGCUAUUAUCAAAUAGAAAUACAUAAUGAGAUCACUGUAUAUACUUGAAUAAAGAUUAGAAGUAGUACAAAUAUGAAAAAAAAAUAUUUUAGUUACAUGUAGAAUGUAUGGGAAAGAUAAUGAUUUUAAUUUUAGAAUCUUGUUGUGUGAAUAUUAUUUAUAUAGUUGUAGAACCUUUCAGGUUUGAUUAAGGAUCAUGAAGGAACUUCUGAAAUCUAAUUUUUCUUAAAAUUUUAGAAAAAAAAAGUUCUUUUAAUUUUGUUGUUAUGAACUCAAUAUGUACAAUGUUGCAUUGUAAAAUUACAUUACUGCUUUACUGUAAAAACCUUUGUUCUCUAUAUAGCCAAAAUAAAGAGGCGUAUCCAAUUA